AUGCGGGAGUUGUUGUUCUUGGGUCUCGUGGCCUCAAUCACAGCUCAACAGGUUCCAAUUGUUGCUCCAUGCCUUUUCCCACCAUGUCCGGUGCCAGCGGGUCCAUUCCUUAGCCCAUCCCCAUUCCCAGUUCCUCUCCCAUUCGGCCCUCUUCCAUUUCUCCCACCAUAUCCUCCACUUCCACCACCAUGCUUUGGUCCAGCUUGUGCUCCUCCACUUCCAUUCUUGCCUCCAUUUCCUCCUCCAUGCCUCGCUCCACCAUGUUGUUUGACACCUCCUUGUCCACCACCAAUUCUUUUCGCCCCUCCACCACCCCCACCUCCCCCAGUGUUCUGUCUUCAACCUCCAUGCCCUCCACCAGUCAUUUGCCUCCAACCACCAUGCCCUCCACCUCCUCCAGCGUUCCUUAUUGCUCCUCCACCACCACCCCCACCGGUUAUCUGCCUUCAGCCUCCAUGUCCUCCACCUCGACCUACCUUUGUCCUGGCGCCUCCUCCACCUCCACCACCAGUUUUUUGUCUUUCUCCUCCAUGCGGUCCACCCCCACUCCGCAUCUCUUUUGCUCCACCACCCCCACCGGCUUUCAUCCCAGCUCCAUUCUUCUUGCAAUCAGCACCAUGCUGUGGACCAGCUUUCCCGUCAUGUUGUGGUUUCCGUCGUUUCAUUCGCAAACGCGAAGACACCAAUGCCAAGAUUGUCGAAGAGAAAAAGGAAGAGAUCAAGAUCGACACCUCUUCGACUACCUCUGCUCCAGAAACCAAGCGUUUC